CCUGUCUGUACUGAUACUGUUUCUUCAGAGCCCGACACUGUGAACAAGCUACUUUAUACCACACGUUCACAUCAUGGAUAAUACUGGAUUCAAUUGGAAAUACCGGUUACUGUGUGGAUUAUGUGCUUUUCUCCACUUUUACGCGUCCAUCUCGGCGGAGCCCAGCUGUAAACUGAAGGCCAAGUUUAACCUGAACGGCUACAGGAACGUGGAGAAGAAAAAGGUUGUCAUGGGAGGGAUGUUUCCCGUUCACCGCCGCAUCGCCUCAGCCAAUUCCAGCAGCUCCUCGGUGCCGCUGUCCCUGGGAUGCGAGGGGUUUAACUUCCGGACGUUCCGUUGGACUCAGACAAUGCUCUUCGCCAUUGAUGAGAUCAACAAGCGGUCAGACCUCCUCCCUGAUACAGACCUGGGCUAUGUCAUCUACGACUCCUGUUUCACCAUCUCCAAGGCUGUGGAGGGCACCCUCACCUACCUGACGGGGCAGGAAGAGGCCGUGCCCAACUACCGCUGUGGCACAGGGGCGCCCCUGGCCGCUCUAGUGGGGGCUGGGGGGUCAGACCUGUCCAUUGCCACUGCACGCAUACUGGGACUCUACUAUUUCCCCCAGGUGAGUUACUCGUCGUCCUGCUCUGUGUUGGACAGUAAGUUCCAGUUUCCCACCUUUCUGAGGACCAUCCCUAACGAUGUCUACCAGUCUGAGGCAAUGGCCCGCCUGGUGCUGCACUUCGGCUGGUCCUGGGUGGGAACCAUCGCCGCGGACGAUGACUAUGGGAAGUAUGGCAUCAAGGCCUUCAAGGAACAGGUGGAGGAGGCUGGGGUCUGCAUCUCUUUCUCUGAGACCCUGCCCAAGGUGAGAUCUCCAGAGGACAUCCAGCGUAUUGUGGCGACGGUGGUGGAGUCGACAGCUAAAAUCAUUGUGGUGUUCUCCUCUGAUGUGGACCUGAGCCCUCUGAUCCAGGAGCUGAUCCAACACAACGUCACCAACCGCACCUGGAUCGCCAGCGAGGCCUGGGUCACCUCUGCACUCAUCAACCAGCCUGGGGUGAGUUCAUUGCUGGGUGGUACCCUGGGAUUCGGUCUGAAACGUGCUGAGAUCCCCGGUCUCCAGCGUUACCUCCUAAACAUAGACCCCUACUCCAACCCGCUCACUGAGGAAUUCUGGGAAACGGCGUUCAACUGCACGCUGAACUACGGCCGGGCUCUGAGGAUGGCGAAAGAAAUGACGAAAGCAGCAGCGGAGCAGGGGGGCAACACAAGCCUGUCCAGGGCAGUCAGAGGGGUGCCUGAGGGGCUGUGUUCGGGAAAGGAGUCCCUGGAGAAACUGAGUAAUACCUACUCUGACGUGACCCAGCUACGCAUCACAUACAGUGUGUAUAAGGCUGUGUACACUGUGGCUCAUGCCUUGCAUAACAUGGAGAUCUGUGAGCCUGGCCAGGGGCCCUUCAAUAACAACAGCUGUGCUGAUAUCACCAAAUUUGAGCCUUGGCAGUUGAUGUACUACCUGAAGAACGUGUGGUUCCAGGUCCCCCACACCAAAGAACCUUUAUUCUUCCAGGACGGAGAUGUGGACGGCUACUAUGACAUCAUUAACUGGCAGGUGAAAGGUGACGGGGAGAUCUCCUACGUGACGAUUGGCCAGUUCAACAGCACAGCAGCCCCAGAUGCCAUGAUGACUAUCAACAAUGCAUCCAUAGUGUGGAACAAUGAUGAGCUGGAGACUCCGAGAUCAGUGUGCAGUGAGAGCUGCCAGCCUGGUACCAGGAAGGGGAUCAGGCAGGGUGAGCCCGUCUGCUGUUUCGACUGCAUCCCCUGUGCCGACGGAGAGAUCAGCAACGCCACAGAUGCCAGGGAGUGUAUCCAGUGCACUGAGGAUAACUGGUCUAAUGCGGCCCGAGACACCUGCGUCCCCAAGACCAUCGAGUUCCUGGACUUCAGUGAACCUCUGGGCAUCACACUCAUAGUGAUAUCAGCCGUCGGAGCGCUGAUCACACUGGCUGUGGGGAUAGUCUUCCUGGUGAACCUGGGUACUCCACUGGUGAAGGCCAAUGACCCCAUACUCAGUUUCUCCCUGCUGUUCUCCCUGGUGGUGACGUUCCUCUCCUCCAUUGUCUUCCUGGGAGAGCCCCAGCCCUGGAGCUGCAUGACCAGCCAGGUGGGCCUGGCCCUGGGGUUUUCCCUCUGCCUCUCCUCCAUCAUGGGUAAGGCUGCAGUCCUUAUGCUCAGGGCCAGGGUUCUGAAGGCUGCCAGGUCCAAGGCCAAAGCCACUGCUAAGGCUGCAGCUCAGGCCGCCGCCGCUGACACCAGCCCUGAUGUCAUUGCCACCAAUGGCAACAUCAACAACAACAACAAUGCUGUAACCACUGGCAACCCCGAUGUGGACUCUCUCCGUCCCGCCCACCAGAGGGUCCUGGCUGCCAUAUUAACACUGAUCCAGGCUGUGGCGUGCACGGUGUGGCUCAUCAUCCUGCCACCGCACCCGGUCAAAAACACGGCGGCGCAGAACAUCAAGAUCAUCCUGGAGUGUGACGAGGGUUCUGUGAUCUUCAUCUGCUGUGUCUUCGGUUACGACAUCCUGCUGGCCCUGUUGGCCUUCAUCUUCUCCUUCAUGGCACGCAAACUGGAGGACAACUUCAGUGAGGGAAAGUCCUUGACCUUCGGCAUGCUGGUGUUCUUCAUCGUGUGGAGUUCCUUCAUCCCGGCCUAUCUCAGUACACGCGGUAAGUUCAUGGUGGCCGUGCAGAUCUUUGCCAUCCUGGCGUCCAGCUUCGGCCUGCUAGCCUGCAUCUUCUUACCCAAGUGCUACGUCCUGCUGGUCAAGCCCGAGUUCAACACAGAGGAUAGGAUGCGGCCGCGUUCCAAGCCACGUGACGGGACUGGGACAGGGACCUCGGCCUCGCUUGCUACGGUGGCCACUGAAGUUCAAGCUACGACAGGCAAUGUUGAUUAUUAGGGUUAGGGAGGGACGCACACACUAUGGGCAGACACAAAACACUCAUCUGGAAGCACACUAGGGCCAGUGAUACAGGACACAUUGCACUAACUAGGGACUACUCAGCAUUUCAUUGUGGAGUCUGUUACUAGUUUCCUGUGAUGUCAUUAUACUCUAUGUAGUUUUUUGACUAAUGUAUACCAAUGGAGUUCUCAGGGAGUAGGACUACAACCAAACACAGAGCUGCAACAGAGAGAUAUCUACGCUGACAUCGAUAUAUAUAUAUAUGGUAGAUGGAUAGGUCCCGUCCUCAUGAUAACUAUAUAUUUGACUUUAUUAAUGCUGUCCUGAUGUUGUAUUUUUUUUUAUUAAUUAGUUUGAGCCGUAGUUUUUUUUUGUAAACAGUCAUUGGCUUCCUAUGGUGGUAGAAAUAUACUGUAUUUGUGAGAUCAUUUGAGAUGUAUCAGAAAGGUGUGCAUUAAAAAUGUAUUUGUUGUCAAAAUGUCACCUUUGUACUGUGAAUUUAGAGGGAUUUUCAUUUAAUUAGCCUUUAUAUCAUAUUUGUAUAGGCGCAUCAAUGUUCUAAUGUUUCUGUAUAGGAAUCUGCAUAAGUAGCCUAGUGAUCAUUGGAUCAUCCCCACUGAUUGGAUCAUCAUCCCCACUGACUGGAUGGAUCAUCAACACUGAUUGGAUGGAUCAUCAACACUGAUUGUAAAUGUUUUCGUAGGGAAGUAAAGGUGUAUUGUUAA